AUGAGGAAGCUUCAAAUAAAAACUUCCACCCAUGGGACGCCGCCAUUUUCGUGGCAAAAGGACCAAGGAUUAUAUCCGAGUCAUGUUAAGCUUAAUUUCCAUGGAGAAUUACAAUUGGCGGAAAUACGGGAACUUUUUAAAGUGUUCGACAACAACAUGUUCGCUACCGCUUGGAUUUCUAGUUGCCUGAUUGAAGCUUCAAUGUACGGAAUCGGGCCUGUUCCAAAAUCCGAACAGAUACAAUUGUCCCUUAAGGCAAUUGGACAAUAUUAUGAUCGAAAUAGACCUUAUAAUAAUUCAAUCAUGACCUUUUGGGCUCAGGUCUAUAAUGAAGGAAACCGGACAUGGGAAAGUGCUCCAAAAAAUCUCUUGGACUUGUUUGAUCUAACUAACAAGUUUCCAAGUAAACUUCUGGAGGAUUUUCUGAAAUUAAUUGGAUUAAAAGACGUUGAAGAAGUAAUUGAAAAACUCCUGAAGGAAAAGGAUAUAUUUUUGCGAGCCUUCCAUAUUCCGCCCGAUUUUGACGAUACCUUUGUUAAUAUAGGCCUCGGGAGUCUUCUAAAAGAGAGCCAAUUUUCUGAUUUAUACAAGGAAUGGACAACUUUCAACACCAAUGUAACAUCAGCUUUUACAGCUCUUAAAAAGUAUGCCUACCGUCCGUUCUCACCAGAUACAAACCAAAACUCUAUCGACCCACGGACAUAUUUCUAUCUUCGAAAUUUUCUGACGGAAAAUUUGACAAAAACAGCAGCUUUAGUUCCUACAUGGGUACAGAAUGUGGACGAAGCUAAAGCAAAGUACUUCAAGGGUGUGUCUAUGCCUUUCACAAUUAACAAUGUCGACGUUACGGUAUCUGCUAAUGCCGUGUUUGGUAUAACAGCUAGCCUCCUUAGUGAACUAGUACCCAAAGAAACAUUCGAUACUGAUCUACAAAAUAUAUACAACCAUACAACUUUAUUGGUAAGCUACGAACUUGCCAAUAAUUUUUCCAACCGACGUGAUCUAGCACUGACAUACUAUCCCUCAAAGUUUGAAUGCUAUUGGUUCACAGCAAGAACACUAGCUAUGCCCAGGCGCUUUAAAAAGACACAGCCACUUCCGUUCCCAAUAAUGGAAACAGUGUUAAACAGAUUCACAGACGUGUUUAAUGGCCCUGUUCUAGAUGAUAUAGUAAACUCUGCAGUAAUAGAUGAGUCGCAAAGAAUAUAUUUUGAUGAUUUUCUUGGAGAUGGUGAUAUAGGGCUAGAUGGAUAUGACCUUAAAAGAGCUGAAGACCGAUUGUUUACAACUUCUAUGGCUUUGAAUACAUUAAUAGACGCAUUCACUGUGUUUGACCCGGCCAGUAAAAAACUGCAGUGGAUUGGGUCUGCAGAUACUAUAAAUAAAGUUAAGAAAUUUGUUGAUGGCUCUGUUGCCUUCUUGAAAGACUUUAUAUUGAGUGGAUCCUAUAAAACUUGGAAUGCGUUUUUCUCUGGAUCUGGUAAAGGUUUCAAAAGUUUGCCAUUUUUCUAUCCAGCAAAUAGGCUAGAAUUUUUCAACGGCACAAAAAUUAAACCCGACAAAUUUCCUAGUGGUGGUGCGUUCGUCGUUGGUUUUGAAGGCGUUGUUUCGGAUUCUGAUUAUGCUGAGAUGCUAAAGCAACCACAUUUUGGGCAACCUACUCCAAUAGAUUUUGAUGGAUUUAAUCCAAAAGGUGAACCGGAAGGAUUUUUUCCGUUUUGGUCAUCAGAUGCCUACACUUAUGCUACAACAAUGUUGGGGUUUUCGAAAUAUUUAAACAUUGACACAGUGGACAAGUAGACAUGGCUUACAUAUAUGAGGGUCUGGAUGGGGUUUACAGAAUAGAGAAUAAUGGAUCAAUACCACAGAAAAUGACCCAAAAACUAGAGAAUAGAGAAAAAAAGAAAAAAGAAAAAAGAAAGAAUAACGGGAUGCUACAAUAUAAAGAAUAGAGAAUCAUGGGUAAAACUAUAAAGAAUAGAGAAAAA